AUGGGGCUACUAUCAUCUACCGUCUUGCGACAUGCGCCGGUUCGAAAAUUACCACCAUAUCUAUCCUUUCUUUGCAUAGCCAUUGGUGUUGCAUGGCUGUUACUUCUGCCAUUAAAUGAUUACUCGAGGAAUACUUAUGUUUCGGAGAACGCACUGUUGCCAGGCCAGGUCCAUACUUAUUUUGCGGGAAGCGAUCAGAAUAUUUAUCGUGGAUACAAGAGGGAGGUUGAUGCUUUGGGGGAGAGCAGUAAUGUUGAAGUUAAUGACAAACUUGAGGAGUUUUUCAAGGCUACAGGACUCAAGGUUGGCAGACAAAAGUAUGAAUAUAAAUCCGCGGGUGAAGUUUACAGAGGAGAGAAUGUGUAUGCGAUCUUACACGCACCACGAGGUGAUGCCACAGAAGCAAUUGUGUUGGUAGGGGCUUGGAGAAAUAUUGAUGGGGAGUUGAAUCGCAGUGGUGUUGCUUUGGUUCUGACACUGGCGAGAUAUUUCAACCGGUGGUCUUUGUGGUCAAAGGAUAUUAUAUUCCUGAUUACAGCAGAUAGUAAAGCUGGUCCUCAGGCUUGGGUUGAUGCCUAUCACGAUACACAUGAGUCUCCUGCUAUUGAUUCAUUGCCCGUCAAAAGUGGAGCUCUUCAAGGAGCUGUUGUCAUCGACUAUCCCUUUGAUCACCGCUUUGAAUCGAUUCAUAUUGUCUACGAUGGAAUUAAUGGACAACUUCCUAAUCUUGAUCUCUUCAACACCGUAGUCUCAAUUGCUAGCGGUCAAAUGGGCAUCAGAGUCUCGCUCCAGAAAAUGUGGGAGCACAGCGAUAGCUACCAAGAUCGACUCAAGACUAUGUUACGUGGUAUGAUGAAUCAAGGAUUAGGUCAUGCCUCUGGACCUCAUAGUAGUUUUAUUCCAUACCAUGUGGAUGCGAUCACACUUCAACCGUUUGGAAACGGUUGGCAAGAUGAAAUGGCCAUGGGUAGAGUAAUCGAAAGUACUUUUCGAAGUUUAAAUAACUUGUUGGAACAUCUCCAUCAAAGUUUCUUCUUCUAUCUACUCAUGCAAGCUAAUCGCUUCGUGAGCAUCGGUACAUAUCUCCCAAGUGCCAUGUUAGUGGCUACAAAUUUCACUAUUAUGGCAAUUUUCCUAUGGGUGAAGAGUGGCUGGCCCAGUCCCACCAAGAAAGAAUCUGUGCUGUCGACGGAAAAAGGAGAGGAGAAGGAGAAAGCUCCAUUGGUGAUUGUGGAAGCCAGCGGAUCGAAAGCCCUUAUACCAAAAAAGGAUCUUCAAACACGCGAGCGCAAGCUUGCACUUCCUCUCGCUAUUGUAGCUGGAUGUCAGUUCUUGGGGCUUGUUCCUCUUUAUAUCUUCAACCAUACUUCUAAAGCCAAUCUCCCCGUAGUCUUCUUCAUCUUCCUAAUCCUCAACACCUUCCUCCCCCUAGCCCUCUCCACCCUCCUUCACUCCCCCUACUGCACAACCCCUACCCCCAACCAACUAUCUCUCAUCCAAUCCUUCUCUCUCCUUCUCCUGGGAAUGUACCUCUCAUCCCUCGCUACUCUUAAUUUCUCUCUCUCAAUCCUCAUCGGUAUCCUAUCUUCCCCCUUGUCAUAUAUUCGUCCACUGGGUCAUAGACCCAUUAUCGCUGCUAUACUCGUUAUUCUGUUGGGUGUUCUUGCGCCUUCAACUGUAUUGCUCGCUGGUGCGACAUAUUGGGGUUUGGAUGUGGGAGACGUUUUGGUUGAAGCGGCAUUUGGAUGGGAUGUUGGAGGUAUGACGACACAGGUUGUGGUUUGGUGUGUUUGGUGGCCUGCGUGGGUCGUGGGUGGGAUGCUGCUUUGGGGAAAGCCCAGAGCGGAGGAAGAGAUGGAGAAUUUGGAUAAGGUUGCGAAUGGGAUAGAAGGGAAAGUGGAAGUAGCCAAUGGAGCGGAAAAGAAAUAA